AUGGAUCUCAAGAGUCGCAUCUCAUCGCCUCUGGAGGCCGGCACCUCCAUCCUAGACGUCCAACACCUCCCGCCCCAUCUUAACGAAGCCCUGGAGUACGCCUCCAUGCGCCUCGCCAGAAAGGCCCUCCACGUCACCCUCGUCGUCGCCCGCCGCGAGUACCAGCUACCCUCACUCGUCCCCUCCUCCUCGGCCUGCUCUUCCGCCCUCUCCUCGCCCACAAUGUCGCCGCCCCCGGCCUCGGCGUCCAGCAACUCCUCCUUCUCGUCUUCGUCCUCGUCCUCCCGCUUCAACUUCACCACCAAAUCGCCCGUCUCCUCCUUAAAGAAGCUCGUCCGGACAAACACCGGCUCCAGCGCCUCGUCCGUCUCCUCCGCCGGCAGCAACGUCCCCGAGAGCCUCGUCUUCACGCCCUCCUUUCUCAUGGACACCAACGGCCCGAGGCUGAGGUGGCCCUUGUCGCCUGGUAUCCCCCUUUCGCCGCCGCCCAUGACGCCCUCGACUGCCUCCUCCACCAUCACGGACGCCUCCGGACCCAUGUUGCCCAACCCCUUUGGCAUCCGCCUCAUCCACGCCGACCUGCUCACAGACAGGCAAGAGAGGACUCUACGCCAAACCAUUGAUCGGGCAGAGAGGAAAUUCCGCAUCGGAACCGAAUGGCUCCCCCCGGUAGUGGAUGGCUCCGCCUGCGGCCUAACAAGCAGCCUCAUCCGCCGCUCUAUCGUCCAAAACGAUGUCCUCUUCGCUUCCGAGGGCCUGACCCUCGUCUCCCUCGACCGCCUGUACACAUUCAAGGCCGCCCUCUCAAGCUACUCCCGCACCGACGCCCCUCUCCGCCUCGAAGACGCCGUCGACGAGCUCCGCAGACUCAUCCUCUCUCGCGCGGGCAACAAGGUCUCCAAGUCAGACGUACUCCGAUCCUACGACUGGCUCAGCGUCACCGACGUCGCCCUCGCCGACGUCGACAAGAUGUACCGCAGGGCCUACGGCGGGCCCGACAGGGUCGGCGCCAUCGAGGGUGUGGGCUCCGCGGCGCAGGUGGCGCGGACCGUGAAGGAACUCGAGCACGAGCUCGACGAGACACUGGCCCGUACCGCGGCGGCCAUGGACGCCAUUCGCAUUGCAAAGCCGCCUUCGCCGCCAAAGGGCCCCGUCCUGAAGCUGCAGACAAACUUUGACGCCCAAAUCCCAGUGGCCGCGCGGAUGGAGGUCCGUAGAGAGGAGGUCUCGGAGGAGGACGAGGACCUCACGGCACGGCCGGAGCGCCAGGCCCCCGUGUCCAUCUGGAGCCCCAUCUCCAUUGCUGAGGUUCUGCACGAGGACCGCAGCCGGUCGGGCCCGAUGACGCCCAAUGGCUAUGAUGAUAUCUCGCCCAUCACCCGCGGCGAGUGGGGUUUCCUCAUGGGACCUGCGGGGGUGGGCAGCAGCCGCAUCGCCCCUGUGAUGACUUGCUGA